AUGCAUAAGAAUUCACAACACAGUGCGCGAGACAGUGAGAUAGUGCGAGUCUCUGUUUCCUUGCCAAUUGCUGCGACAUUGUAUCUAUUGACACGGACCGAACCACGUUGGCCGACGACUAUUUUAAGUGGAGAAACGGCGCACAUGUCGCGCGUCGUCGAUACGUGCGGCCGCGCUACAUAUCGCAUCACCGCCCGCCCGCAAUUUCACGUAAAAUUGGCAGCGCGCGGCGGGCGGGCAGCGGCGGCGCGGAGCGUCGCUCCCGAAAUAGUGUUCGGGCGCGGUCGUGCACCGUCGGAAGCGGCGCCCCAGUCGCCUUGUGGCAGCGCGCGCGCACCCGCGUCGCGUCCUAACCGCCAUCUGCGUCACCGCACGCACGCCCGCCCGACGGAGCGAGGGCACGAACGUACUGCACGGCUCCACGGUGCGCGUAUUUCGGUCGCGAGGAGGCCCCGGGCCGCGUCGGGCGCGCUGCCCGCGCGCUGGCCGCCGUGCUCUGGUGGUGGUGCGUGGCGCUGCUGCGGCUGGUCGCGCUCUGCGCGCCUCCCCCCGGCUCGUCCGGCGUCGGCGCGCCGCCGCCGCCUUCCCCCGCCCGCGCCGCGGAAGAUGCGCCCUCGGCGCCGGCUUGCGCGGCCUGCGCAGGUGCGUCCUCCAACGCUACCGAAUCGACGCCGCCGACGCCGACGCCUGCGGUCGAUCCGCUCUCACACACCGGGUGGUGGUGGGCAGGCGCAUGCGUGGGCGGUGCCGCACUGCUGUGCGCCGCGGGCGCGCUGGUCCGCCCGCACCUGCGCCGCCGCACCGCCACCGCAGCCGCUGCUGCCGACCCCAUGCUCUCGGUACAAGUGCCGGGGUGCGCGGGCAUGGAGCGGCUGGGCGCGCCGGGGGGACCGCGCCUGCGGCACGACCACAGACACCACCAUUCCACAUUAUACCUGUUGCUCGAUAAUGCCAAGAAAAAUCACGAGGACGCACAAUAUUUUGUUCAACGAGGGAAUGGGAGAAACAACAGAGGUUACAAGCGAUGGUUGGUCGCUUGCAAGAGAUGGUGGAGCAGGAAACGCGCGCGCGGUCUGCCGCCGCCGCAGAACGACUCGGCUUACCGCCCAGCAUACAGCUUCCCGACGGCGAGUACGGUCAAGACGCGCAUCUACAGUUACGAGUCCCUUAUCAGCAAGCCGAGCUGACGAGAAGCAGUUUUCAACCUCCACCGAACAAGUGCGUGAGCGACGUUCCCGAGUGGGCGGGCACGACGGACGCGCCGCCGGGGCGUCGAGGUCCGGGCGGCGGGGGCGGUGGCAAGAAAGAUGGCCUUCUGCAAAAGGCGACUCGAUGGUGGGUGCGUAUGGGUGCGCGGCCGCCGCCCACGUUCCUGCCGGCCAGCGCGCCGCCGCCCUGCGUGAUGGUGCCACGCCGGGCUGCGCCCUCGCCGCCGCCCGACGCGUGACGUCGCCGCAUCUCCGCACCUCUCUAUCAUAUCACGCUUACAUUCCAUUAUCGGGACGAUCAGACUCGUCGGAGUGCACGCGCGUCCCGGAGUAUUAUAGACUUGAUAAUUUAUUUAUUUGGGACUCGCGCCCGCCCGACCGGGCAGCGGAGCGCGUACGCGUGCUUUGUGAUAUGUGCGACAGGGUCGUGUAGUGACAGUGCAGACCGUACGGAGUGAGGCGGGGCGACCGCCGCCGCCGCCGCCGCAGCCGCCGCCGCCGCCGCUGCUGCGAGCGUAACUAGUCUUGAUACUUUAAUCGGUUUAGACGUAGAGGUAAUUGUUUCUAUUGAAAUUUUAUGAAACUAGACGAGGUUUCACUGCCCGCUAUUCGUGUUAUAGGUGUGUAUGGCAUUGCAUUGAGUGUGCGUCUGUGUUCCUCGCACUGUCUUUGAGUUUUUGAAAACUAAGACUGAAAUAAAUAAAAAAGAUAACACUUUAAAGUUUACAUUGAAUAUGUUGUCUUAGGUAAAAUUAAUUCAAAUAGAAACAAUUAAAAUAUUUAAUGAAUCUUUCGAUUGUAACCUUCAAUGAUAUUGUAUAUUAUGAAAAAGGUCAGUCAAUAGUAUGCUAUUAAUGUCUUGCAAUGUACAGUUCAUGUUUAAGUAACCUAUUUUAAAGUUUAAUUUCUAUCCAGCAGCUAAAAUCUGUGUUUAAACAACUUUUAUAUUUAUUUAAAUAUAAUGUAUAAAAUAAUGCAUAUCAGUACAGUAAUCACAAGGAAUAUUAAUUUACAAAGCAUAGUUACUAUUUUAUUGUAAAUAUUGUCUCUAAUUUAAUGUUAGAUUAUGCAAUGGCCGAAUGUCAAAAUAUGAAGGUCGUUUUCAUUGAGUGUUUAUUACAUUCCAUAUUUAUGUUGAAAUAUUUUCAAUUCUUGCUUAUCUGCCGACAACCGACAACCCACUAAACUGAUUAAAUAGUUUGUCAUCUUGGUCUUUACCGUUACACUAAAAAUCUGUCAUGCUGACAAUAAUUAAAUAGUGAGUAAUUUUUUCAGUGCAGAUAAAUCUCUUUAGAGAAUAGUCAUUAAUUAAAAAAAUUGGUUGAAUUAGUUUUAAAUUAAAUAUGUAUUUAUUAAUUAUAUCAUAAGGUCAGGUAUUAGAGGUCUGCUUGCGGGCUCAAUAUAUUUUGAGAUAACAUAUAAUUGUAUUCCUAUUAUAAAUUAUUCAAACUUCCCACUGUAGUCAUCUAAAAACGUGAUAUAGCUAAAAUUUGUUAAAUUACUCGCAUAUUUCUGCUAGGGGCCUGUAAUUUAGUCCAUAAAUUAUAAAAACAUGUAAGCAUAGCUAGAUAAUAGUAAUUGGCCUGUAUCUCGAAAAAUUCUGGUGCUUAAUGAAAAUAUAAAUUUAAAUUGUGAAUUUGCUUUAUUUCUUUUAAAGUAAUACUUUUUACCUAUUACCAUUUAUUAUAGUCUCCUAUUUAAUUUUUACGAAUACUUAAAAUAACUUAAUGAUGAUAAUGUCAUAAAAGUAAUUAACCAAUAAUAAUAACCAGUAAAGCUUACAAAUUUUUAAACGGUCAUAUCUAUGAUAAAUAUGUAUUAAUUUGACAUAAGUCACAGUUUGUAAAAUUUAAAAUUGUAUCCAUGUAUUCGAUUGUCUGACAAAUAUACUAUUAUACAAAGAAACAUAAAAAAUAUUUGUUAAUAAAAUGCAAUACUAAACAUAAUUUUCAAUGUAUAAGUAAAUAGAUAUAUAAACAUAUCUAUAUAUCUAAUAGAUUUUAAUUUCUUGACUUUUGUCAGACCUUAGCCUGAAAUUGAAAACCAAACAAAAAUUUUAAUUAUUUUCAAGAAUAAUUGCGAAAAUAAAGGAUUUGAAAAGUGUCUUUUAUUAUUUUUUAAUAAUUAUAAUAGAUCCAAAUUAAACCAGAGACAGCAUUAAUUUUAUGAAUAUUAAAAAAAUGUACUAAUUCCUGCUAUACAAAUGGCAAUGAGACAUUUAAUUUGUUAUUUAUUCAUUAGUUAAGUAACAAAAAUUGUUGUAAAAUUUGUUAUCUUUUUAGAAUUGAAAUAAUUUUUAUAUUAUUAGAAACAUGAUGUUAAAUGUUGUUUUAGAUUCUUUCAUACGACUUAUUAUGCAAGGCUUAAUGAAGAUUAAUUAUUCGAUGUAAAAAAAAAUUUAUUGUUUUAAUUCUUAAAAAAUAAUGAACAGAUUUUUGUCAGGAAGGAAAUAGCUAAAAUUGUCGUGAUUAUAAUUAUGAUUGUAAACUAUUUUUUUAAUGUGUGUCUCCAAUUUAUUGUACCUUACUAUCUUAAUAGUUUUAAAUUUUUAGAGGUGGUAGUAAAGCUGUCCUUGUACAAAAUGCUGGUAAAAUAUAAAAGUUGUUUAAAAUAGUGUCACAGAAUAGAUAUUUAAUCUAGAUAUCAAACAAUAUUCCAUUUGUCAUAUUAAUAAGUAAAAGCAAAAGCAAAUUUUUAAUAAAAAAAAUACAUUAAAUUAUGACCUACCAAUAAUUAAAA